CAGGCGAGGCUUUCAGGUUUGCUACGCGAUGGCCGCUCUCUCCACAAUAUUGGGCUUUUAGAGACCAAAACAACGCCCAGGUGCUUCGUAGAGACUCGUCUCUGUAUCGACUAACAACCGGAAUGUUGGCGGAAUCGUUUGCGCUCGUCAUUCUUAAUUGAGCGCGUCAUCGGAGCUGUCCCGUUUGUGUUUGGGGGACUGUGUUUUUCUUGUUGUCCGGGCCUGGGUGCUGCUGCCUAACACUGGAGCGGCGGGUUGCUACACUCGGAUGAGCGGGCUGUAGGACUCUUGGAGCUCUAGGAUGGAUCCAGACGGUGGGGCAGACACACAAAAAGCUGUCAGCUUGCAGUGGAAGAGCUACAAACUUGUCCAGGACCCAGCCAUUAGACGGGUCGCUCAGAAGAUUUACAGAUAUGAUGGAGUGCAUUUCAGUGUACCUGACUCUGGAUUUCCCCCUGUGGGUGAUCUACGGGAUCCAAGACCCAGGAGGCUAUGGUCGAGGUACACAGAAAUGGUCCUUCCGGUGCCAAAGUUUAAGCUUGACGAGUUCUACGUGGGCCCCAUCCCCCUCAAAGAGGUGACCUUCGCCAGGCUCAACGACAACAUCAAGGAGCCCUUCUUGGCCGAAAUGUGCGCCAAGUUCGGGGAAGUGGAGGAGAUGGAGAUCCUAUUCCACCCCAAGACCAGGAAGCACUUGGGCCUGGCCAGGGUGUUGUUCACCAGCACGCGGGGGGCCAAGGACACGGUCAAGCAGCUGCACAACACCUCGGUCAUGGGCAACAUCAUCCAUGCUCAACUGGAUAUAAAAGGCCAGCAAAGGCAGAAGUAUUACGACUUGAUUGUGAAUGGCUCCUACACACCUCAGACGGUCCCUCUAGGAGGCAAGGCCUUAGUAGACUGCCUCACACCCCAGACCCCAACACAGCAACAGCCUGACACGUCGUCAGACAUCAGGCGGAGGCUCUCCAGCGAGCUGGCCGUGUUGGCGGCGGGCGUCCAAGCCCUCACGUCGGGGAAUGUCACCCCCUGCUCUGCGGACACUGGCUUCGGUGAACAGCGUCUGGACACGCCCCCCUCCUCCAUGACCGGCGCCUACAACUCCGGAUCCUCGGCAUCCUCUCAAGGUGGAACUCCCUACAGCUCCCGGUCCGGCACGCCAUUCUCUCAAGAAUCGGGCUACUCUGGUGCCAGGCACACUGGCUACAACACUGGCACUUUGGGAAGCGGUUACCCCCCUCAGGAUAUGCUUCCUUCCUCCUCCUCCUCCUCCGCCGUCUCCUCCACCGUGGGGGGGUACAAAGUGUCUCGCUACUCCGAGGACGUUCACGAGCCCUCCGUGUACCACAGAGGUCGUCCCAUGUAUCCCCCUGCCUCCUCCUUCCGUCCCAACGAGCCGCCGUGCUAUCCGCCGUACCCUAAUGUGGGAGGACCCGGCCCCCACAUGGCGCACCACUCCACAAUGCACCUGCCCACCCUGGCCUCACAGUAUGAUCUGCCCCUUGUGUCCGAGCGUGACAGGGAGCGGGAUAGAGACUCUGGAGGGCGCUACGGGGCGGGGGCCGUUGUCUCAAGAAGGUCAUCUUACCAUCACCAGCAGGACACCAACUCCUCCUCCUCCAAGUACCAUUCCCACCACUCCCACCAUCACGCUGACCGCCGGGAUGACCGGGGGUACCGGCGGGACAGCACGGGGUCGCGCUCGGGUGACCACGGUCACCAGCGGCACCGCAACCACCACCAUUCUCACAACCACCACGGCAGCCGUAGGAAGAGCAGCCACGACCGGGACAGGGAUCGGGAUCGGGAUCGGGACCGGGACCGAGACCGAGACCGGGAAAGAGAGGGCGAAUACUCCAACAGCUCAGACCCCAGAUACAAUUCCAACUCGUACCGCUCCUCCUCUAACAGCAUGUCUCCUCCCCCCUCAUCCUACUCAGCAUAUUCCACCUCCAAAGAGCCCGCCCCGGGCCCUCCUCAGGGAUUGGACGUAUCCGCUCGUCUAGGGGCCCCAAGUCUGACAGAGAGGGGCCCUCCGCCUUCAGUGGGUGCAGAGAAGGACUACCACUCUGGUCACCACGGUGCUUUGCCGCCACCGCCUCCCCCGCCACCACCUCCCCUGCCGCCAGCCUCCGUCAUUGCUGCCGCCGUGGCCGAGACGCUUGGAACUCUGGAUUUCAACCAGGACAGCCCGGCCCGUGAAGAGCAGUGGUCAAAGCCCAAACGCCGUCCCAGCACCCCACCUGUCCCGCCAAAAACCCCCCCGCCUUUGUCCCCGCCGCCCUCCAUUGCUUCCUCAUCUAUGUCCCCUUCCGCCUCCUCCCUACCCCAGCACCCUCCUGCCACCGCCAGCCCUUCAUCAGCCCCCCAGCGUGGCUCUGCCUCCCCAGAGCCAGAUUCCACCAAUGAGAGCUUGCCGUUUGCUUACCACAGCAGCAGCCUGGACUCCCGCAUUGAGAUGCUCCUCAAGGAACAGAAGACCAAGUUUUCCUUCCUCGCCUCCGAUGAGGAAGAUGAGGAUGAGCGGAAGGAGGACAAACAGAGGGGCACACGGGCGGAUGGUGGGGAGAAAAAAGGGCGGGCGGGUGAUGGAACUGGGGAGCACGCAAGUGUCAAUCAGGCGGGGGACAGCGGGGAUAAGGAGAAAGGGGAGCGCGACCUCAGGAAACGAGGGAAGGGCAAAGAGGGCCGGAAGAGUCCUGCCGAACCACCAGCCUCAACUGCAUCAUCUUCCACGUACUCCCCCCAUGUCCCGCCUCCAGAGGAGCCCCCUCCCCAAGUUGGCCUUGCCGGGACAGAAGCUGUGCAGGAGGAGACGUCCCAGGAUGGGAAUGCUGACGCACGAAGCAGGACGGGAGCGCGCACGCCACCAUUCAACGGCCAGAGCCAGUCGCCCCCGCAUUCCUCGGGUGAGGACAUGGAGAUCUCAGACGAGGAGGAGGAGGGGGAGUUGACCAUCACAACGGUGACCACCCACCAGCCUUCCAUGACCUCCUGUUCAUCGCCAACUUCAUCCAAAGCGCCCAUGCCCUCGCAGACGACGGACACCUCGUCUUCGCCCCCGCCCAUCUCUGACUCUGCACAGCACUUUGGCACUUCCAUGCACCCACCCAUCCCCUCCUACCCCCCUCACCUGCCUCCACCGCCUCCCCCGGGCUACUCGCUGCAGCCACCACCACCUCCCGGGAUCCCCCCACCCCACAUGGAGCUGCACCCCGAGUACCCGCCGCCCCUGCCCCCCCACAUGUAUGACUAUGCCAGCUCCAUGGAGCUGAUGAACCAGUACACGGGUGGCGCCCCCAUGUCCUUUCAGAUGCAGACGCACAUGUUAAGUCGCCUACACCAGUUGCGCAUGUCGUCGUCCAAUGGCACGCCAGGCCCGGGCGAGGCCGCCACAGCAGACUACUCCUCCUACCAUAUGCACUCCGUGCCACCACCGCCCCACCCCUACAUGGACCAAGAAGGGAGCGGGGCGGGUGCCGGUCAUUACGACCAGGAUCACCGCUACAUGCCCCCCCACAUGCCCUACCCUUACACCGACCCACACGGCACGCAAAUACCGCCACCCCACCUACCGCCUCCCCAUACUGCGUGGCCGCCACACCUCUUAGCCGCCCACUACCCCUCCUACAUGCCUCCGCCUGCCUAUGGCACCAUGCCGCCCGGUGAGGGAGGCGAGUAUCAAACCCCAGGGGAGGAGAUGCCCUUGCUGGCUGACAACCCUCAUGAAGCCACCGUUCAGAUGGUGCUCGCCACUCUCAUCCAGGAGAUGAAGAACAUCAUGCAGAGGGACCUCAACCGCAAGAUGGUAGAGAACAUCGCCUUCGCCACAUUUGAUGAGUGGUGGGACAGGAAGGAGACGAAAGCCAAGCCAUUCCAGACGAUGUCAGCCUUACGUGAUGAUGAGAAGAAGGAGGAGAAGGUGAGCCGUCCUCGCGAGCCUCUCACGUCUCUUGUGGACUGGGCAAAAAGUGGUGGCGUGGAGGGCUUCUCUCUUCGUGGCGCGCUAAGACUGCCCUCCUUCAAGGUGAAGAGGAAAGAGCCUCAGGAACUCAAGGAGGCAGACAUGAAGAGGCCGCGACCCUCCACCCCACCUGACGAGGACGAUGAAGCUGCUGAUGGGAGAAUGGCAGACGCUGGCAGACACGGAGCUGGAAGGGACAACAAGAGGAGGAAAAAGAAGCCCAGAAAUCGCAAACCUUGGGAGCUGGACAGCGAGGGAGAAGAAACAUCUGAUGGCUCCUCCUCUGAAAAGGACGAUGAGGAAGCAGAGGCGAGUGAAAAGGAAUCUGAUGAUGAUGCUCUCAGCGCUGACAGCGACGACGAGAGCCUUUCAUCUUCCUCCGAGGGCUCAUCGUCCUCCGGAUCUUCAUCAUCAUCUUCCUCCGAGGAUGAAGAGGAAGGAGAGAGGCCCGACAGCGACGGACCGGACACCAUGGACGAGUCCACCAUGGACAGCACCACAGAAAAAGAUGGCCGAGAGAAGAUCUUUCCAAAGGCUGCGGUCAAAACUGGUGACGCCAAAGACAGCAAAGCGGAUGCAAGAGCAUCCUCCAAGCGACCGCCAUCGCCGCCGUACCCCCGUCCUUCGUCCCCCGUCGUCCUCGUGCCCCCGCUCAAAAAACGCAGGAAGACUGUCUCGUUCUCCACGGAGGAGAACAGCAAAGCAAUGUCGUCAACGCUACCGCUGUCUGUACCUCCCUCCCAAAUGGUGGCUGAAUCUCCGCUCCUCCACUCACCCAGCAGACCCUCAGACCCUCGUGCUGCUGCCGCCGCAUCUUCGACACGUCCCUCUCAUGGCAUCCAGCUGCUUCCAUUCGCCUCCAAACCAGGCGAAGGCAACGCCCUCAUCUUGCCACUGUGUGGAAGAACUCCAGAUUCCCAUGAGUCCAAAAGGACCCCGCUGUCCCCUCAGGCUGCCCUGGCCAAAGUGCCCGGGAAACGGGGCUCAGGCAAAGACUCCCCCAAAUCCUCCGCUUCUCCCAUCAUGGUAUGCCGCACUGUGCAGAACCUCCCCUUGGACCACGCCUCCAUGUGCAGGAUGGCCUUCGAGGAGGCUCCCCCUCCGUCUCCCAUCAGCAAACGGGGCAAGGGAAAGUCCCGGCCCUCCGGCUUCUCUGUUUCCACCUGUCACCCCCUCAAAGAGGAAGACGAGGAUGAGGAGAACAGUCAGAGGCUGAGGCAACGGGAACAACUGGGAGCAUCCAGCUUGCUGCAGCUGGCCUCCGCCUCAACCGCCGACCUGUCCGUACUGGCUGACGUUGCCCUAACAAUGGACCCCGAGGCCGGAGACUCUGAGGAGACUGAGACAUCAGAUGAGGCAGAGGAGCAAAAGAUGGAGGGAGGUCUCUUCUCGGGGGAAGCGCUGUUGCGUGUCAUGAGUUUGGAGAGUGUGGUUGUUUUCAUGGAGCACAGCUAUUCCAAACCGCCUCUUCUCACGGGACCACCUGCCCCCAAAAAGACCUCCUCCAAACAGGACUCGUCAGUUCUCCUCCCAGCAGACCUCAACACCAUCUCUGGGGUGCUGGAGGCACCAGAGGAGGUCAUCGGCGAGGCGCUGCCGCCCAGAGGAGACUCGGGGGAAUAUUUGGGAUUGCUGUGCCCGGCUGACGAGUCGAGCUUGGCCGCAAUUCCUCCAGCCAAGAAGUUGAUGGCAAGCAAAGCACUGGAAUUUGAGAAGAGCAAAAAGAAGAGAAGUAAAGACAGUAAGGACAAAGAAAACCUGGAAGUUCUUCCCACAAAACAACAGAAGGAGCAGCCCAGCAAGAAACAGAAGAAGCGGAAACUAGAGGACUCGGACCUGGAGGAUGACGUGGAUGUGGAGGAACUGGAGUCCGGCGAGCUGUCAAGCACAGACUCUGAGGACGAAAUGCUGGAGGAGGUGAGGAAGAGUGAGCGUCUCUUCCUGCAGGAGGCCGGGGUGACGACGUCCAAACCCGCCCCGUGCCCCGAGGCAACGCCAGCUGUGAAAUACGACAACCGCAGCGAGUUUGAGCAGAUGACCAUCCUGUACGAUAUCUGGAACUCGGGCCUGGACGGUGAGGACCUGAUGCUGCUCAAGAAGACAUACGAGAAGCUGCUGCAGGACAACCACUCCUCUGACUGGCUCAAUGACACCCACUGGGUCCAACACACUGUGACCAAUUUGCCAAACCCUCGGCGUAAGAAGAGGAGCACAGACGGACAGCUUCGGGAGCAUGUGACCGGCUCCGCCAGGAGCGAGGGCUACUACGCCAUCAGCCGCAAGGAGAAGGACGUCUACCUUGACCUGGACCUUCCCGAGCAGGUCAUAAGGGAGGUGGAGAACGUUGACAGCUCAGGCACCAACCGGGCGCUAUCUGAGAGGCGCUCUGAGCAGCGACGCCUCUUGACCGUCAUCGGCACACCGGCCGUCAUGGACUCUGACCUCCUGAAGCUCAACCAGCUCAAGUUCCGUAAAAAGAAGCUCCGAUUCGGACGCAGUAGGAUCCACGAGUGGGGCCUGUUCGCCAUGGAGGCCAUCGCUGCCGACGAGAUGGUCAUUGAGUAUGUGGGUCAGAACAUAAGACAGAUGGUGGCGGACAAUCGGGAGAAGCGGUACGCUCAGCAGGGCAUCGGGAGCAGCUACUUGUUCCGAGUGGACCACGACACCAUCAUAGAUGCCACCAAGUGUGGCAACUUGGCCCGCUUCAUCAACCACUGCUGCACUCCAAACUGUUACGCCAAGGUGAUCACCAUCGAGUCUCAGAAGAAGAUCGUCAUCUACUCCAAGCAGCCCAUCGCUGUCAACGAGGAGAUCACCUACGACUACAAGUUCCCCCUGGAGGAGAACAAGAUCCCCUGCCUGUGCGGCACAGAGAACUGCCGCGGCACGCUCAACUAACCUCCCUUCCCCGCCUCACCGAAGGUGCUCUUCGCUCAGCAGCCUCUUGGGGGCGCUAUGAAGAGAUCUGUAAAGGUCCACACAAAAACACAAUGACGCACACAGACAAAUUCAGGGUUUUUAAAGUUAAAAUGGGAAAAAAAAGCGCUUGUGUCGGGCAGACUUUUAAGCUAACAGUUCGGUCUUGCGUUAUUUUCAUUUGAUCCUCAUUUGCUGUUACCGCUUCGGUUGUUUAUAUUCUCACCUCACACCUGCUUUUGUCUCCAGCAUCAAACUCUAAGUAUGUGUUCCUUCCUCACCACGUUUGUGCUCGUCUUUGUGUUGGUGGCAAAGUGUCUUGUUUUCUCUCUGUGUCGUCCUCUCGUUGCCUUUCCACAAGUACAACAAAUACGAGUGCGUCUCGAUAAAUGAGAAUUUGGUGCAAAAGUCAUUUGAUUUCAGGAGUUCCGUUCAGACUAAGAGACCAAUGACAGGCUCAGGAAGGUUUUUCAACAGUUUUUCACCAUUUUUCACAUUUUAUGAAAAUACAAAUUUGGGUUUUAUAUUCACGAUAAGCAUCAAAAUUAUUAAGAACUUUAUUCUGAAAAUGUUUCAUUCUCUUUAGUGAAUGUAUAGAAUAUAAAAGUAAGAUUUUAUUUUUUAUUGAACCACUAAAAUAAACGAUAUUCUCAUUUACUGAGCUGCACCUGUACGCGUUUAUUAUUUUUACAUAUUUUUUUUCUACCAAACUCCUGCAGGUUGUUGUCAGUGUGUUGCACAAAUGUUUUUAAGAGGCACAUCUUUUUUUUCUCCUUUAAAAAAGGCUCACCCCUCGUAAAGAAAUAGUUUAUUUAGAGCGUCGACGACGGCAAACGCGGCAGGUUAGCUCGUCCAAAGUUUUAUCUCUUCAGUAGCAAAAAGACGGCUGGCUUUGUCUGCCCAACAGGAAAAUGUUGUUUCUUGUUUGCAACAGAAAAAAUCCUCUGACAAACCCCAGUGUCUUUUUUCUCUCUUACAGGAUGAAGUGAUGAAAAAAAAGUGAUGUAAAUAAUGUCAGAAAGUGUUUGUUUCUCGUAGAAACACACUUGAUUCCAAGCUGUAAAUACCUUCCUUUCCCUCUCUCCACGAGGACACAUGUACAUAUCUUCCAUCCUUGUUUUUUUUAUUGUUCCUCCUUUUAAUUUGAUGAUUAUUUUAAUAUUAUUUCUCUUGUAUUAAUGCGUUGGAUCCUUUAUUAAUGGUGCAUUAAAAUAUUUUUUAAAUAAAGUCAAAGCUCAUGUUUUUGUGCGUGAGGAGUCAACAGGAAGUGGCUUGCAUUGCGUUUCCUGCUGACGUCACACGAUGCACCUGCAGCCGCUCUCACGCAACAGGAUGUUAAAGGACGUUCUGGAAUAAGUAAACAGGUGACAGAUGAUGAUGCCAUC